AUGGUCGCAGACGCUCUGGUUUACCACCCUGCCCUGGCGCACUAUCUGCGCUUUGUGGCCACAACAGUCGGCCGUGACAAGCUCCUCCGUACCCUGCAAUACUUCUCCCGCUUCUAUGCCUGGUAUCUGUACCGCACAAACCAGCCCGAAACCGCGAUCGCCCCAUACAACGCAGUCAAGAAACAGUUCGGAACAACACGAAAAAUCCUCAGGGUCGGAAAGUUCAUCGAACACCUCAAGGCUGCUGCUCUUGCGGCCGAUAACAAGGGCCCCAUCGACCCUGUUCUGCGCUAUCUGGCUAUUGGUCGCCAGCUCGGAUAUGCUGGUUACCUGACUCUCGACACAGUGAGUGUUGUUGAUGCUAUCGGGUUCCGGAAAAUCGAUGGUGUUAAGCGCCUUCAAGAGUCGGCUUAUCGCUCCUGGUUCUCGGGGCUGGUCUGCAGCGUGAUUGCAAGUGUUUACACCUUAUACAGGCUCAGCGAGAAGCAGAAGACCCUGGAUCUGAAGGAAGGCGAAGGAGUUGUAGAGGCGAAGAAGCUCGAGAAGUAUGUACCUUUAGCAUCAAGAUUUGGGAUCAACAAGAAGACUAACGAUGUAAAACGCAGGGAAAGCUCCGCUGCCCGCAUUCAGCUCUUUUCGGAUCUCUCCGACUUGGUGAUCCCAGCCUCCGCCAUUGGUCUUGCAAACUUCGACGAUGGAUUUGUCGGUAUCGCAGGUACAACCAGCAGUUUGAUUGGCUUGUGGAGCCAGUGGCGAAAGACCGCUUAA